AUGAAUAUUAUCAAUAAAAGUGGUUCAAAAAAAUUUGAUAUUUUGGUAGUAGGUGGAGGACAUGCUGGUAUUGAGGCCUCCUUAAUUAGUUCUCGAUUAGGUCAUAAAGUUGCUCUAAUCACACUUGAUAAAAAAAAGAUUGGUUUAAUGCCUUGUAAUCCUUCAAUAGGAGGAGUAGCCAAGGGAAUAGUAGUUAGAGAAAUUGAUGCUCUGGGAGGAGAAAUGGGGAAAGCAGCGGAUGCAACCGCUCUCCAAUUUAAGUUAUUGAAUACCUCGAAUGGACCAGCUGUGCAAGCCCUUCGGGUUCAAUCUGAUAAAGUGGCCUACGCUCGUUAUAUGCAAAAAGUCGUUAGCGGACAAGAGAAUUUGACUGUUAUCGAGGGGACGGUGAAUAGUUUGUUAGUCAAAAAAAGGAAAAUAGAAGGAGUUGAAUUAAAAAAAGGGGUAUUUAUUUAUGCUUCAGUGGUAAUAUUAACUGCUGGCACUUAUUUACAGCCGGUGACUUAUAGGGGCAAUGAAAUCAAAGUUGAAGGACCAGACGGAGAAAAAAAAGUGGUUAACAAUAUUUCUCAACAACUGCAAGAAUUAGGAUUUAAAUUAAAGCGUUUUCUUACCGGUACUUGUCCACGCAUUUUGAGCAAUAGUAUUGACUAUUCUCUUUACAAAUUAGAGCCCGGAACUGACCUGCCGCUCAGAUUUUCUCACCAGAGCAAAAUUUCUGAUUUAUUACCAUUUGAUAAGCAAUCACCCUGUUAUUUGUUGUAUACUAACGAAAAGACUCACCAAAUUGUUCGUGAUAAUCUUCAUUUGUCUUCCUUUGCUUAUAAAGAAGAUACUGGACCGGCUCCUCGCAAUUGUCCCGGCAUCGAGGGAAAAAUAUCCCGUUUUCCAGAUAAAAAUCAGCACCAGGUUUUUUUAGAACCAGAAUCACGAGAGUUAGACACCACCUAUUUACAAGGUUUUUCUACUUCUUUACCAGUCGAAAUCCAAGCCCAAAUUUUAAAAACUUUGCCUGGUUUAGAAAAAGUUCAAUUAAAAAUUAGUUUAGAAACUAAAUUAAUUACUGGUUUAUUCACUGCUGGGCAAAUUAAUGGAACUACUGGCUAUGAGGAAGCUGCUGCCCAAGGAUUAAUGGCCGGAAUUAACGCCAGCCGAAAACUAAAAAAAAAAGAACCAUUAGUCUUAAAAAGAAGUGAGGCUUAUAUUGGAGUGUUAGUCGAUGACUUAACUACCAAGGAAAUUACCGACCCUUACCGACUUUUUAAUUCCUUGGCUGAACAUCCACGGAGAGAACUAGAAGCAGAUAUUCAAUAUGAGUGUCAGUUAGAGAAAGUAAAAAAGGAAGUAAAAGAAUUGAAUAAGUGUGAGUCUAGAAAAAUCCCAGCAGGAAUUGAUUACACAAAAAUCGUUAAUUUAGCCCAAGAAGCCCGGGAAAAGUUAAAUAAAAUAAGACCGGUUAGUUUAGGACAAGCCAGGAGAAUAGCCGGAGUUAAGCCAACUGAUAUUCAAAUGUUAAAUUAUUAUUUGAAUAAAAAUAUUAGAAGUAUAGGAGGAGCACUUUACUUACUAGGUCAAAAAUCUAGUUCCAAUAAUAGUAGUCAGUCCAAUACUCCUUCUUAUUCUGAGAAAGUUACUCAAUUGCAAAAUGAAUUGUCUCAACUACAAGCUCAAUUAAUUGCUGGAACACUUAACCCGGAUGAAAAACAAGCCCUACAACAAAAAAUCACUAAUUUGGAGCAAGAAAUUAAAGAUUUAACUGGGAAUAAUAAUCCUAAUCAAGGACCAAAUCAAACUCCUCCUUUGCCUCCUGGCAAUAAUCCUAAUCAAAUAGAAAUUGAGGUGAAGUAUGGAGGCGUUCAUGUUGACCAUCCCGAAGCAAAAAGGUUAGGUUUGGGUGCUGCUUUGGAAAAAGACAGGAACGCACUAAAUAGAAAAGAUUCGCUAGAAAUUAAAGAAGCAAGUUAA